AUGCACAAGGAGGAGCACGAGGUGACUGUGAUGGGGGCACCCCCCAGCACCAUCCUUCUAAGGUCCACCGUGAUCAACAUCCACAGCAAGACCUCUGUGCCCGACCAUGUUGUCUGGUCCCUAUUCAACACCCUCUUCUUGAACUGGUGCUGUCUGGGCUUCAUAGCAUUCGCCUUCUCCGUGAAGUCUAGGGACAGGAAGAUGAUUGGUGACGUGACCGGGGCCCAGGUCUAUGCCUCCACUGCCAAGUGCCUGAACAUCUGGGCCCUGAUUCUGGGCAUCCUCAUGACCACUGGAUUCAUCCUGUUACUGGUGUUUGGCUCUGUGACAGUCUACCAUAUUACGUUACAGAUAAUACAGGAAAAACGGGGUUACUAGUGGCUGCCCAUAGCCUGCAACCUUAGUACUCCACUGUGCAAUGCUGGCCCUGCAUGCUGGGGCUGUUUGCCCUGCCCCUUUGGUCUUGCCCCUAGAUACAGCAGUUUAUGCCCACACACCUGUCUACAGUGUCAUUCAAUAAAGUACACGUGCUUGUG